AUGGAGGUUCACAGUUUCAUAAAGAAGACAGGCGAUGGAGACACCAACAGCGCGUACGGCUCGCGCGACUCCCUCGUGUCGACCACGCGACAAAAAGACGAAGUCGAGAGUCCAGCCAAGAAGGGAACGCUCGGUCGGUCCGCCUCCGAGGACAAGCCGGACAAGAGCUCGGAGAAAAGCUGGCUUUCCUCGAAAUCCACGGGUUCGUCAUGGAGCAAAGGUCGGCCCAUGUCUUGGUCGGCACAGGAUCUGCGGCAGGCUGUGAACGAAGCCAAGGACAACGUCUCGUCUUCUAAAGAAGAUUUAUACUCACCGUACGGAGGCAGCACAAAGUCACUCGACAAAGAUGCUGGUUACGAAUCAAAAUCCUCUUCAAAUUCUUCCAACGACAAAAAAGAACAAGAUGGCAGCGGGUCCUCAGUUUAUGGUAGCUUUUCCUCUUACUUAGCAAUGAGAACCAAAUCUCCCGGUCGACCGCCAUCAUUGCUCGCUUCUGAUACCAAAGAGUCUUCGAGGAAUGGUUCCCUGCACACAGGAGAGGAAGAAGAACAAGGAAAAAGUAGUAGUAGUAGUUCUACUUCUACACUCAGACCCUCUACCCGCUCACUGGCUUCGGUUUCGGAGACGUCGAACAGCCCAAGAAGUUCGAUGACUGCAGAGGCUCGGCCACCGAGGGCUCCGGUUCGAAUCAAGGAGAGGUCACAGAGCGCUAACUUGCCAGACCUACGGGAGAGUUCUGAAGAAAAAUCCAAGACCAGACCGAAAACAAUACUUUCAUUGAAGCAUCUAGACCUUCAUGGCGAGAGCAGAGCCGCGUCUCAAGAGGUGAAAUCCAUGGACGACUCUGAAGCUGACGCAUCGUACGUAAUAAGACUGAAACCAAAGCCAAAGAAGGUUGAAAUCGACCUCAACUCAGAAGUUGAGAGACUACAACGAGAGAACAAGAUUUUAGAGAAAGAGAUGAAGGAGCUCAGUGAGAAAUAUAACCAACUAGAGUGCGAAAAUAAGGAGCUCAGCACAAAAAAGUCUAAAUUCGGAGAUGCCAGGAAGUCUACGGAUGUCAGCAAACUGCAGCACAAGAUCGACGAGUUGAGCGACGACAACAAGGUGAAGUUGAAGGAAGUGAAAGAGUUGAAGAAAGAGAUCGACAAACGCCCUCUGCCCAAAGACGUCGAAAAAACCAUAAAUGACUUGAGGUCAAAGCUGCAGGCAGCAGAGCAGCUGUGCGAGGAGCUCAUGGACGAAAAUGAGGACUACAAAAAGGAAAUAAGAGCAAUGGAGGAAGAAAUUGAAGAAAUGCAGGACAAUUUCAGGGAAGAUCAGGCGGACGAAUACAGAGAUUUGAAGCGCGAGCUCGAGCAGAGAGCCAAAGACUGCAGGGUCAUGCAGUUCAAGUUGAAGAAGGCUGAAAGAAGAGCUGACACGCUAGAGCGUGACAAGUGUGAGGCGGAGGAGAAAUUACGUGAACUGCAACUCGGUGAUCAAGACCUCGACAGAGUUGAGAGGAUAAAGUCGCUUGAAAGAGAGCUUUCCUUAGCGAAGGAGGUAAAUUAUCCUGUGUAA